CGGAAUUCGAGUCUUUCGCCUUAACCACUCGGCCAUUGUGUCGAUAAACUGAUUGUCCAAUUAUCCAUGUUUGUUUAGUAAUGUUUGUAAAUCACUAUUGCAAUGGUUUGGGCAAGACUUUUUUUUUUAUUUUGGCGUUAUAUUUUUUUGAGCAAUUGAUGCAAUCUAAGCACUACUUUAAGGUCAAUAAUUGCAAGCACUCAUUAUGACAACUGCCCACAGACUUACCUUUGACCCUGCUAAGGGCAAGGACACCUCUAUUUCCAGCUCUUAUGCUUCCUCCACACAACACAAGAGAUUUCUAUCGAACCAUACAGAGCUCAAAUAUAGGCAGUCCAUUCAAAAACCAUUAUUGCUUGAUGAGCUAGGCGAAAAUAAAAAUUUAAGCGAAGAUGUGUUGGAUAACUCUGAUAAUCUUAAUCAUAACAAAACUAAUGGAGAUCACAACAGUGAUUACAUAAAAAAAAGAAAUCUUUUAAGGGAGCAGUUACUAAAAAACGAGUUGAAACACAAUAUCAAAAACGAGUACUAUGAUAAAAAUAAACGGCUAAAGCUAUCCAAUAAGUUAAUGAUAACAAAUGAACCGCAAAAUAAUCAAAGAGCUUCUUCAAAGGUGUCAGUGGGUGCUUUCCAGGAUUCUAAAACAGUAGAUCAUGCAGAAACUGAAAUAACCAAUGAACCAGAACAGGAGCAAGAAGAGGAGGAGCAGGAUGAGGAUAGUGAAUCAGAGGAAGAUUCAGACUCAGACUCAGAAGAUGAAACUGAGCUACUCCUCAAAGAAUUGCAGAAGAUCAAGGAGGAAAGAAGAUUGAAAAAGCUUGAAAGAGAGCAAUCCAGUGAAAAAGAAAGCAGUAUUCUCAGUGACAACAGUCUUUCGUUGACAAAAAACUCUGCCCCUUCGAAGAAAAGUAAUUAUAAAUCCUGGAGGGCUGAAUCGAUCUUCCAGAAAUCCAAUGCCACUGCUAAAAAGUUCAAACACAGUAGAGCCGACGACGACAACAACCACAUCAACGACAUCCUCAGGUCAAAACACCACCAGCAGUUCCUCGACAAACACAUCAGGUAGAUGGGGCUCUUAUAUAUGUCCUUACUAAAUGUCCUGGAUACGCACGCACCUCCCAUCGCAAUGUAAAUUCCGCCCAUCGCUCGCUAUGUAAAUAAACCUCCAACGCUCCAACUAAGCAUUUUCUCUCUGUUUUAAUACCCAUCCACUCCAGCAUCUAUAUAUCUCU